AUGGGGCAGGACACCAAUAUGCUAAACACCCACCAACAGUUGGUCAGGACCACGUCGGGGCGACCAGGGCAGGACCCGCGGCUCCAGGCUCCAGGGAAGGCCACGGGCCUGCUCAAGCUUCUGUCAAGCAUCCCGCAGGCCGAGCAGAGGAGCCCUGGGAGCGGUGACGGUGUAAUUCGGCACCAGCGGCAGAGAGCUCAGAGCACAGGGCGGACGGCGAAGGAGGGCCAGACGUCCAGGGGCCAGAACAAGAAAGGACAUGGUUCUGCUGAGGCUGAGGAUCUCUCUCCUUCUCCUCGGAAACCCUCCUUCCCUUUCCAGUGGGCCUGGGAGAGCUUUGCCACAGAAGGCUGGGCUCCACUCCAGCCUGGCUUCCCCUUGGCCCCUGGCCAGCACGCCCUGCCCUUGACCCCUGCAGUCUCCAAGCACAAGCCCAGCCGUAAGUCCAAGCCCUUAGAGCCUCAUGGCUUAUGCUGGAAGAUGAAGACACGAAACCUGCAGAGGAGUCAGCAGUCAAGGGCCUGGAGCUGCAUCUCCAUCCCUUCCGGCCAAGGGGAGGACCAAGAGCUGGAGCUGCCCAGUGAGUGCGGCCUCCAGUCACCUGAGAGGAGGCCGGGACCCGGAUCAGAGUCCGAGGAGGCUGCUGAGCUGGAAGCCCCCAGCACUGAGGAGGCUGAGAGGGAUCUGAGCCCUGGGGAACUGCCUCAGCUCACCAGGAGAGGGUCGAUCUCAAAGGAGAAAUGGUUUGCAGAGGCGACAGAGGAGGGUGAGGAGGAGGAACACAGGGCACCCCACAGAAGGAGGGCGGGGGCUCGGAGAAAGGGGCGGAAUUCCUGCGAGGAGGCCUCCGAGGAGGGCGAACCGCAAUGCCAAAGGAGCAACCCCAGCACCAACAACCCCCAAGGACCGCAGAGGAGGAGGGCAAGGGCCCCGAAGCUGGAGGGGGCAUGGGACCUGGAAAAGUUGCAGCGGCAGCUACAGCAAGACUUGGACUGUGGCCCCAGGAAGCACCCCUGGAAGGCUUUGCGGGCUGCUGUCCAGGUCUCCAACAGGAGUGGGAAGGCCCAGGCCUUGGGAGAUGAUGAGACCCUCCUGUUUGUCAACUUCCCUAAUCGUACCUUCCACAAACGCCAGGAGGCCACCAGGAGCCUGCUGCAGACCUGGGAGCAGCAGCGGCGGCAGGAGCGGCAGCAGGCUGAGCUGCGGCGGGCCCGGGAGCAGCGGGUGCAGCAGCAGGUGGCCCGCUGCCUGGCCGCCUACGCACCCAGAGGGAGUCGGGGGCCAGGGGCCUCCCAGCGCAAACUGGAGGAGCUGAGGCGCCAGGAGCGAGAGCGCUUUGCUGAGUACCAGGCCGAGCUGCAGGGCAUCCAGCACAGGGUGCAGGCCCGGCCCUACCUGUUCCAGCAGGCCAUGCAGGCCAACGCCCGGCUCACAGUGACCCGGCGUUUCUCCCAGGUGCUGUCGGCACUGGGACUGGAUGAGAAACAGCUGCUGGCUGAGGCAAGCAAGGGGGACACGCAGGGCGCCUCCAGGAAGCCCAGGAGCCACAGGUCAACAGGGGAGAGAGUGGAGCACUCUUCUCAGAGCCCCCCGAGGGAAGAACCCAUCGGCAGCCAGCCUGAGAGGCAGUCCACCCCAAGACCAGACUGGGAACCCAGUCCCUUCGAUAAAAAUUAA